CCUGCCUCCGCGGAGCAGCGGAGGCGUGGGGCGAGCGCGGCGAGGCUGCCCGGGUCGCGGCGCGGGCUCGCGGGCUCGCGCCUGGCCGGCGCUCAGUUCCCGAGCGCCCACUGGCUGGUGGGCCUGCAGGGUCUAAGCGCCUGACUGCUUUCGGCACUUCAUUAUUUCUCCCUUUGUGUCCAGUCUUGGCAAGGGCUUUUGCAGGGCCCUCCUGCCCUGAGCGUGCACGCCGCAACAUCCUGUCCCGGUUUCCGUAUCGCGUACCCCUAAGGGCAGGAGAUGCUUCCGGAUGUCCAGCUAAGAUAGAAGUAGCCUGGCCCCGUGGCUGGGUGUCCUCCGAGGCUACCCCUGGCUGACAGCUGUGGGCGAUAGAGACGCCUCCUGUGCCUUGCCUUCUCUGUAAUUGCCUCUUCCAGCAGUCAGCGCUACAAGCCUCAGAGGGGCACCUCCUCCGUAAGUGUGAGGACGGACAGGUGGGUGGUACCGAAACACUCGUGCCACUUCCCCUUAGGGGCUGGCAUCUUCUUGCAGCGUUACUUCCUCUGGACAGUUUCACUUUCAGUUCCCUUUUUUAUGGGGCAGAAGGGGAUUACACUUUUCUUGGAUACCGGCUUUCCAAGGCUCAUUCGCUGAUUUUCCUUGAAUAAGACAGAACCGUGAGCCUGCAGUUCUUCCUGUCUUGCUGAGGCUCAGUUGAUUUGGAGUUGUUAUGGCAACAUUUUAGCAACUGUGUUGUUGUACAGGAAGUCUUGGACUUAGCAGUCAGGCCUGUGAGGCAGAAGAUUCAAAGACUUUCAACGAAGGACGAGUUCCUCGGAUGUGCCCCCUCACAGAGAGAUGAAGGGACAGCAGAAAACAGCUGAAACGGAAGAGGGGACAGUGCAGAUUCAGGAAGGUGCAGUGGCAACUGGGGAGGACCCGACCAGUGUGGCUAUUGCCAGCAUCCAGUCAGCUGCCACUUUCCCUGACCCCAACGUCAAGUACGUCUUCCGAACUGAGAAUGGGGGCCAGGUGAUGUACAGGGUGAUCCAGGUGUCCGAGGGGCAGCUGGAUGGCCAGACUGAGGGGACUGGCGCCAUCAGUGGCUACCCUGCUGCUCAAUCAAUGACCCAGGCGGUGAUCCAGGGCGCUUUCACCAGCGAUGAUGCAGUUGACACGGAGGGGACAGCUGCCGAGACGCACUAUACAUACUUCCCCAGCACCGCGGUGGGUGACGGGACAGGGGGCACCACAUCGGGCAGUACGGCUGCAGUUGUUACUACCCAGGGCUCAGAGGCACUACUGGGGCAGGCGACCCCUCCUGGCACUGGUCAAUUUUUUGUGAUGAUGUCACCACAAGAAGUGUUGCAGGGAGGAAGCCAGCGCUCCAUUGCCCCCAGGACCCACCCUUAUUCCCCGAAAUCAGAAGCUCCCCGGACUACCCGGGAUGAGAAACGCAGGGCUCAGCAUAAUGAAGUGGAGCGUCGCCGCCGAGACAAGAUUAACAACUGGAUUGUGCAGCUGUCCAAGAUCAUCCCAGACUGCUCCAUGGAGAGCACCAAGUCUGGCCAGAGUAAAGGUGGAAUUCUAUCCAAAGCCUGUGAUUAUAUCCAGGAGCUUCGGCAGAGUAACCACCGGUUGUCUGAAGAGCUGCAGGGGCUUGACCAACUGCAGCUGGACAAUGAUGUGCUUCGACAGCAGGUGGAAGAUCUUAAAAACAAGAAUCUGCUGCUACGAGCUCAGUUGCGGCACCAUGGAGUAGAGGUCGUCAUCAAGAGUGACAGCAACUAACUCGGGACUCAGGGCCUUUGGGCCCUAUAGCCCCUUUCUGAGAACUGCAGAUAGCCCAGGAGCAACAUGCUAACCCCAUGCCCCUCUCUUCCACUGCCCACUUCUGGCACGAGACUGGGGGAAGUUCAGAAGGCGGCCGUGUCUUUAAACUGAGGUCCUGUGAUAUAAUAGCUUGUGGAGGUGUGAAACACAAACGGGGGUGUGCACUGACAGCCUCUCUCAGCCCCACCAUGCAGCCCCUGGGCCCUGUGCUCCUCUUGGACAAGGCUUGUGCUGUCUCCAUGCUGGAUGCUGGACACACUAAACUGGGGGGCUUGUCCUGUGCUUGUUUAGCGUGUCAGCAGAGGGUCUGCUGACAGGUGAUGCUCUGGUUUGCCUCAGGACUCUGGCGCUUCCACUGGUUCUUCCUUUCCCUGGAGCGCAGAUGUGCACCUGAGGACUGGGGAGCAAGAAGUGGGGGAAAGGAUGCUUAGCAGUGGCUGCUGCCCCUGGAAGAGGAGAUGGGCCAGCAAGCAGCUAAGGCCUGUGCCUAAGUCUCUGGACAGGGAGAACGACAGGCAGAGGCCCAGUUGGGGCCUUCCCCCUUGUGGGGGUGGUUUUUUUUUUUCUUUUUCCUUUUU